GGAAACGUCAUCUCUCUCAGUGGGUGUUUGAUAUCUUAUCAGGCUAAAUGCAUUUUCUCUUUGUUCACAGAUCAUUCACAUUGAGUCAUCUGGGGAUUGAAUUUCAAACCAGAUUAGAUAAAUAUAAGGAUGGAGCUCCGUGGAGCUGUAAUAUGUGUGUGAAACAACUGAGACAGUCUGUGUUUGACCCUUGUCUUCCAUAGGAUAGCUCUGAGUAUCUUUAAGCUACUCUCCUAUUUCCAUGCUUGAAAUGGUGCCAUAAUUCCAAAGGCAGAACCCCUGCCAAUUUAUCGGUGCUCCUUACAUGGCAGUGAGCAAGCAGGUAUUGAGCAACUGACAACUUUGUGACAAGGCUGCAGAGAUACAGUACUCCGCAAGUCUGCAUGCAGUAAUCAUCCUUAUUAUGAGAGCGUUUUGAUGUCAUUAUAGCUAGCUCUUCACAAAUAUAGGCGUAAACAUAAGAGAAUAAUAAAUAGAAGCGUAAAUAAAACAGGGCGUGAAUAUAGCAAGUGUCGUAAUGAAAUCGAAGGAUUGAAGGUUGCAUCGGAGAGCACUGGCCAACUCCACUAUGUGAUAUGUUUCACACUGACAGGAAAAGCCCCUCCCCCCAUGCAGAUAUUAAUAUGAACCUAGCCCCUCCGCUCACCCUCCUCCGACACGUUUCCCUGGCCUCAUGAUAUUUGAAUUAAUGAAUGGCCUCCUGGACCCCCUGACGCGCAGACAGCACAGAUGAAAUUGCUGAACUUGUAUAGGCAAAGCAGUGCUACGAUCAGCUUAUUACAUGGUCGGAGAGGAGGGGAGGAUCCUGGGCUGCCUGCAGCCGCCUAAUUGGUUGCUCCCUCAGCAGUGGGGAGGGGCCGAGUCGAGGCAAAGAGAGGAGAGGGAAUGAGGGCAGUGUUCUAAUUUAGGGGGGAUAGGAUUGGGAAUGCCCGUUAGAUGUGGCUUGCCGAUAAUAGCACACAUCAGCCACAGCGCUGCAAAUGAGAGCACAGGCAGAGAGCAGGGGACUGAGUGCAGAAUGAUACCAUAGAGCACAGAGCGAGAGAAGGAGUGGGAGAGAGUGUAUUGUCAGCACAUUGGAGAGCGCAAAGCACAGAGGACUGAGAGAGUGCAGGAAAGGAGGAGAAGAAGCGGAGAGAGGGAAAAAAGAUAGAGGAUUGUGUUUUUGUAGGGGGGUAAAAGUUCCCACCGAUCCAGGCAGAAAGCAGACCUGAGGUCAGCAGCAGGGAGAAGUGAACCAGGUGGAAGAAGUGGAGCAGCUGACAGCAGGAGAGAAAGAGUCACAGGGGGUCUUGCUCUCACGGCAAACAUCACAGCAGUGUGGAGAGCACAGGAGAUCCAGGGGACACUAUUGAAACUUACCGACUCAAGGACGCAGUCUGCCGGCACUUGUCAGGGUAAUAAUGGUUCUCACUGGACUAGGGCUUCUCUGCAUGGCUAACUCAAGAGCAUGAGAGCAGACGCUGGGCAUUGGGCGGAAGACACAUAGAGCUGGGAAUAGCGCCUGUGUUGUUCCUUCCUCUCACUUACCUGUGUUGGGGAGAUAGAAAGAUUCUGAUAUAGAAACAUUCCGAUUGUCUGGCCUUGAAGAGAAUCAGUACAGAGCAGAGAGGGAGAGAGGAGCCGGUGAGAGUGGGAGAGUUCUGUCCUCUCAUCUCUGAGACAUGGUAGAGUGUGUAACAGUAGCGAGCCCCUCAGCAGCAGCAGCAACAGCCUCAGAGCAUGGAGAAGUCCAGCAGUGAGGAGUCAGCCAUUCACCGCAGCCCGUCCGUGGAUAGCCGCGACUCUGACUUUGCCCGCGCCUCUACAUCUGGCCGCCCGUUCGGUGGCCGCGGCUUCACCGCCGGCGCGUUCUACGGCUCCACGGGGCCACGUGGCGCCUCCGCCGCACAGGGGCAGGCUGGGACAGCGGCCGAUGCCAGCGUCAACAUCGGAGGAGACAAGAGCAGCAAUAACAAGUACACGGCGCCCAAAGGCAGCAAAUACGUGGUCUUUUACCUGGAUCUAUCCUUUGUGUUCCUUUUAGAAUUCAAGAAGUGCAACAUGGCACGGGGCUGUCUCUGCUGUUUGAAGUACACGAUGUUCCUCUUCAACCUCAUCUUCUGGUUGUGUGGCUGUGGGCUGCUCGGCGUGGGCAUCUGGCUGUCUGUGUCCCAGGGCAGCUUUGCCACCUUCUCGCCCUCCUUCCCGUCGCUCUCCGCUGCCAACUUGGUCAUCGCCAUCGGCGCCAUCGUCAUGGUGACCGGCUUCCUGGGCUGCCUGGGCGCCAUCAAGGAGAACAAGUGCCUGCUUCUGAGCUUCUUCAUUGUCUUGCUGAUAAUCCUGCUGGCAGAGCUGAUACUACUCAUCCUGUUCUUCGUGUAUUCAGAUAAGGUCAGCGAGAAUGCCAAGCAGGACCUGAAGGAUGGCUUGUCUCUGUACAACACAGACAACAAUGUAGGCCUCAGGAACGCAUGGAACAUCAUCCAAGCAGAGUGGAAGUGCUGUGGGGUGGUGGGGUACACAGAUUGGCACGAGGCCCUCAAGGAGAAGGUGGUGCCCGACCGCUGCUGCCAGGAGCACUACCAGGAGUGCGGACGCAACUCCACCAACAUGUUCUGGACACGGGGCUGCUAUGAGAAGGUGGAGGAGUGGCUCGAUGACAAUAAGCAUCUCAUGGGAACCAUUGGCAUGUGCAUCUUGGUAGUGCAGCUCCUGGGAAUGGCGUUCUCCAUGACACUGUUCCACCAAAUCCACAGAACAGGGAAGAAGUAUGACGCUUAGCGUGGGACAGACAGCACACAGGGAAAGGAGCCCCAUGUACUGCCUGAUGGGAUAGACUCUGGAUGCCCCCCCCCCCCCCCCCAUACCUCCUGUAUCACAAAGCCUCCCACUCCCCACUCUUCCCAGAAACCCUGUACAGACUGCAGCUAUGUCACCCUUGUCCUCUUCUCUGUCCACUCCACCAUUCAUUUGCCAAAGAUAAAUGGGACUGGAAGAUGUCUUAUGUCGUCUCUCUCCUGUUCAGAAGUAAAUAUAAAUGUUUUGGGCGCUUGGACUAAUAGUUUUGCGGGAGGCUUUACUAAUGCUCACCCCCCCCCCUGCAAGGCGAAGAAAGCGGUGAAAAGAAAGAUUAGAUUGUAGUCUCCAGGUUUUCAUUGAUUUUGUCGUGUUGAUUGUUCAUGUUAACUUCCUCUUUCCCUUGUAAAUGAUGAAAGGCUCCGACAUGCUAUGCUAGUUUUCUACUCCCCGGAACCCUUUUUCAUUGAAAAUGUCAGACAACAUUUUUUCCCCCAAUACAGUAUGAUUUGUUUCUUCUAAAUGUGUCCUUUAUGCUCCUAUGAAAUGGAGUGUUUUAUAUGCUAAGUCAAGACUCUCAAACCCUGUUCCUGGAGAGCUACCAUCCUGUAGGUUGUCACUCCAACCCUGUGUCCUGGAGAGCUACCAUUCUGUAGGUUGUCACUCCAACCCUGUGUCCUGGAGAGCUACCAUCCUGUAGGUUGUCACUCCAACCCUGUGUCCUGGAGAGCUACCAUUCUGUAGGUUGUCACUCCAACCCUGUGUCCUGGAGAGCUACCAUCCUGUAGGUUGUCACUCCAACCAUCAUCUAGUGCACCUGAUUUGUAUCAUUGGCUAGUUUAUAAAUUGAAUCAGCUUAGUUACAACUGGGGUUGUAACAAAAACCUACAGGAGGGUAACCCUCCAGAAACAGGGUUGGAGAGCCCUGUGUUAUCUGUUGUCAGAGGUGUGGAAUGGAUGAGAUGCACAGGAGGCUGCUGCGGGGAGGACGGCUCAUAAUAAUGGAUGGAAUGGAGUGAAUGGAAUGGUAUCAAACUAAUGGAAACUAUGUGUUUGAUGUUUUCGAUGCCAUGCUAUUUAAUCCGUUCCAGACAUUACGGUCACCUGUGAUGAGAUGUGAUGAGUUGCUGUGGAUCAGGGAUGGGCAACUCCAGUCCUAGGGGGGCGAACUGGUGUGACACUCUUCUCCUAGCCCUAUAGCUAACACACCUGAUUAGACAAAUUGCAUGAAUCUAAACUGAAGACUAUGGGCGCGUUCCUAUGCCCAGGCGUUGCUGACGCAUGCCAGAUCUUACAAUGCCUGGAUAGGUAUUUUACUUAUCAGCUAAACACAUCAUAUGGUAAAGCAAUCUGUCAGUCUAUGACACAGUCAAUGAUCAGUUGAUUAUUGGAUUCUGGUGUUAGCAGUGGCUGGGGAAAACGUGUGUCACCAACCAGGCCCCCGAGGACUGGAGUUGCCCAUCCUUGCUGUGGAUGGUCAGGGGUUGGGGUGGGUCGUAGGUCAAGGUUGUAAUGCCAUGAGCCCUAAGUGGGUGGUGCCCUGGAUUCGUAGAGGUGUUUCCUGUGAUGGAAAGAAUUACACUUCAGAGGAAUCAAGUUAAGAGUGCAGGGCUCUCCAACCCUGUUCCUGGAGAGCUACCCUCCUGUAGGUUUUCGCUCCAACCCCAGUUGUAACUCACCUGAUUCAGUUUAUCAACCAGCUAAUUAUUAGAAUCAUCUGCACUAGAUUAAGGCUGGAGCAAAAACCUACAGAAUGGUAGCUCUCCAGGAAUGCCUGAACUCUUUAGUUUUUAUUCCCUCUCUUUCUCCAUCUCAUCCUUUCGCUCUCUCUCUCUUACUUUUUACAUGUCGGAACGGCAGGGGGGCGAGACAAGCUCUUCACAGUACACAUUUUCACUGACAUUCCUGCUAGACUAAGUGAUGAUGUGUCUACACCUGUAGUCUGGAUUCUGCUGCUGUAGUUUUCAAAGCGCCUUCCCUGCGUCAGUCAGUCACAGAGUGGGUGGAAGGGAGGGAGUCUGAUCAAAAGGCGAAGCUGUGGUUCGGAUAUGGCAACGCGCCCUGUAGGACAAGUCAUUUUACUAGCGCUAUAACGGUGGCCUAUGUGCGGUUCAACAGCAGGAGUCCUGUUUAGUACAAGAACAAGGGUAGGUUUCAGGGUACGUAGAUAACUACACUCUAAGCUGCUUGGGAGGGCUUUACCAACAGGGUCAUGUUCAUUAGGCACUGGAACAAAAUGGACUGAAACAGUUUAGGACUACCUGGAUAAGAAACAUUUUUGUAGCAUAAACAUUUUCCUUUACAUGCCCUAAUGAACAUGGCCCCGUUUUCCUUUAACAUGUCAACAUGCAGAAGUAGAGGGAACUUAAAUAAGCAUUCACUUGCAACCUUCUGCUUGUAGUAAUCAAUUCAUUGACUUAUCGUUAACAUAAAGGAGGGGAGGUUGACUGAACUGACUGGAUGUUUACUGUUGGGGAAUUUGGUUAGAAGUUCGAUAAUCGGGACCAGAAGUGUCUCAGUUCUAAAAUCUCAUCCUACAAUUGCAGGAGGGUUAGAGGCUAGGAUGCUGCUUGGGAUAAGAGGUGUAGGAACUCUGACAUUGCUGCUACAUGCAGAUGUCGUGUGAAGGAUUGAGGAGGCGGCAGGAGGUAAAGGACAUUUAGCCAAACGCAGCGACACUGCGUCCUUCACACUCUGUCUGCAUUAAGGAUCAUCUUCAGGACCAUCUAAGGUCAUUCAUUAAAUCUUCAUUUGAACAUAUUGGGAUGUACAAUACUCUACAUGGUGGUAGAUGGCAGCAGAUGUGGGUUUUGUGCAUGGCUGUGUCACAGGCUCAGAUAGUUGUUGUUGACCUUUCUGUCUCUGAUUCACUGGAUGCCCCAUCAUAAUCCAUGUUUUACAACCACAGGAAAAACAUGACAGCUGCUGAUGUAAAGCACUGGCAUGAGCGCUUCACGUCCUCUGCCUGGAGGCAUCCACAAACAUUCGGCACAAUUUAUCGCUCCAGCAAAUGCCGCGAGGUACACGCCAGGGUCAACAUUUGUUGAGAUGACAAUUGUCGUCGGUCACGUAAGAACAGGUUUGUACCCUGUGUACCUACAUCCGUGUGCCCUCUGCCACUUUGCUUGCUCCCAGAAGUAAUACUGCAUCUGAUAAUCAUAGACUAAAGAGCACAUUCAUCUCAGAUGAUCAUUGUGAUCAUCUGUGAUCAUUAUUGUAUUGUGAAAGUCUGACAUUGCGACAUUGUGUGAAGUGAUUUGGGGUGGAAGGGUUAGAUGUUGAAUGAAAUGCAGAAUAGCCACUCCAGCAUGAAGAUAGAUAUACAUGAUAAAAUCCUGAUACAAAACCGGCUUUACACAGUCCAUAUAUCAGACUUCAUUCAAGAAUAAUUUCAAAAUCCCAAACAGUUUUCCCCGUUGUCAUUCACGUAACGUGUAACUGUCAUGUGUAACUGCCAUCUCUGAAAUGGCGGUUUUCUACCGUUUGACAUUUUUCUGUUCUUCGGAAAGGAAUCCAUUCAAGUCUUUGCUUCCCUCAUUCUCCCACCGUCAAGUGGUUUUUCAGUGUUUUAUCAAACAUAUGUUGUUUGUUCAUGUUCAUAGAGGAGAAGAAGUCUAUCACUUUAACACUAGUGUUUUAUGAUGUGUCGUUGUACAUGAGCUGUUUUUUGUCUCUUGUUUUCAUACGAUCUGCUCUUUUACUGUGUUCUACUUGGCUUUGUUGUGUCAGAAGCUCACUGUCAGUCAUCUGGAGAACAUUAGGAUUAUAUCCUUGGGAUUAUAGACAGAUAGUUAGACGGGGGAAUUGAAGACAAACAGGAACGUAACGUUAUUCCUUUUUAGGGUGCAACUAAACCACCUUCCUGUCUCGCAUUCGCCGCAGGCAUUUAUUCCAGUCCUGUUUUGAGGGAGGAACAUGCCGUCUGAGCAGGAGGAUCAAUACAUACUGCAUGUUUGCUGUUUAGUUUUCUCUAUACGGAGAGCUGGAUCCAAACCGCAUCGUAAAAGUAUUGCAGAAAAUCCGAGUUUUAGGUCGAUUUAAAUUUAAUGUCAAUAUUCUCGCAUUCACAUAUGUCGGCUCAAUCUGAAAUGACCUUACAAAUGUCAUCCAUUUUGUGUACAUUAGGAUGUGCUAUUCUAUUAUCUGCGGUAUGUCUUUAACCAUGCCUGUACCGUUCUUGUAAAUGCCUGCCCAACUCUGCCCUAUGGAAUUCUUCUUACUGCAUUACUGUUAUUCUAGUCCUGGGAGUAACUGAUCAACUGAUCAAAGGUUCUUGUUGCACCUCUGCAAUAGGAAGGACCCCAUUAACCUAAUGCCCAUGAUAUUGACAGAAGAUGAUAUGAACAUCCACGCUCUCUCUGAACUGUUUCUUUUUGGACGUCAUUUUCUUAGCUGUACGGGCGUUAACUCAUUUCCUCUCCAUUAAUUCAUGUUGUUCAUCUUUUAUUUGUUUGAUAGAUUGUUUGCAUUUGUACUUUUUAAUUCAGGAGCAUUGUAAAAGAACAUGUAAAUGUGUUUUUUUUGGGGGGGGGGGGGGUUAGUACUGUAUUGCUAGUUUAAUUUACAGUAUUGCAGCUUGUAGUGAGAAGUAGGAUACAUUUCAUUCGUGGAUUUGGAAUGAGCAUUAAGUAUUUUUUCCCCCUCUCUUCACAUGGAAACACUGCCACAGACUGGAGAUGGAAAGGGAAGAAUGGUUAUUGGGGGUUUUGUCUGCUAUGGAAGCAGCUCAUUUCUACCACCUUUGACAUAUUUUUAUAAUCUCAUCACUAAUCCCUCACAACUAAAGCUGACUAUCUGAGCUGUUCUGAAAUGUAAGCUCUUGAAUGGUGUGUUUGAUGUAGUGUCAUGGCAAACCGCAGUAUUAUCUGCUACAUGUCAGCCUUGUCCUGUGGAUUUUUUUUUUUGUUGCUACAUGUAAAAGAACUCUGAAUAUCUAUAUUAGGUGGUGCACUACAUUUCAUUCUUUAAGUCCUAAUCUUUUCUAAAUAAAGGAAAGUGUGUCGCAAAAUCCCACUAUACCCUGUACGCUCAUUUGGCUUUCAUGUUUGAAGACUGACGUCAUUGUGUUGCUUUUUUUCUUGGCACCGCUAAGUAUAGUUUUUAAAAGUACGGUUUGAUUCGGAAUCAUUUAUAAUAUUUUGGUAUAUUGAACGGAGCGAAUCAGUGAGCUGUCAGAAGUUAGGCUACAUCAAGGGGGGAAACCCGUGAACAGCAUCUUCCCUUAAAAUGUGUGCUCGUUUAAAGAUCAUGAAACCUAAGGGGCAGCUACUGCAGACAGUGUGAUGAACUAAUCACAAUAGAAACUCAAAUGACACAGUCGUCAGGUUUUUAAGUUGUAUUAGUGGUAUGUACGGGAUGCGCUUGGUAUACAUUGUCCAGUGAAAUGCUUACUUGCAGGUUCCUUCUCAACAAUACAACAAUAAGAAAUAAUAAAAGAUAUGAACAUAAAAUAAAUUACAGCAGAAUAGAAAACAUUUUAGCAUAAGUAUAAUACAGGAAAGCACAAUUUAUAGUCCAAUAUUUACAUGUAUAUUGGUGAAGGGGGGAAUGGGGAGGAAGUGUAUAAAUUGAGCAGUAUAAUAAGUCUGAGCCAUAUAUAGAUAUCUCUAUAUACUGUAUCUCACUAUAUCUAUGGCUCUGAUUUUCUUCAAGUUGGUUUCUACAGAUGUGUCCUAUAAAAUUGGCAAUUUUAUCUAGUAUUUUUACUGUUUGAUGUGAGCACAAGAGUAUUUUUCUACUGAGCUUUACCCCCUGAGUUAGGCGUAGAUUCAAUCCAUAGCACUGAAGAUCCACACUACAGCGCGGUUCAAAUCUAAAGGCAAUGCUCCCACGUCACAGUAAACGCAACAUAUGUCGGCUCAAUAGGAAAUGACCUUAACAUUUUAAUCUCGGGAGAGCACGGAUCAUUAUCGCUACAGAUUGAAUCUAGGCCUUGGCCUAUCUGUUCUCCUUCUCUCCUUUCUGUUUGGUAGUGAGUAGAGUUUACUGUGCCAUUCCAUUCUGGCUUUCUUUAAUCUCACUGAUCCUUCUAUGCAAAAAAAAUACCUAUUUUAGCCUUUGUACAGACCAUUUUGUAUUAGUAAUAUGUACUGAAAUAAAGUGAUUAGUGGUGA